AUGGCCGUCGAUAAGAGGAAAACCCUAGUUGUUGUCGGCCUGGGAAUGGUCGGCAUCGCAUUCAUAGAAAAACUCCUGAAACUCGAUGCUAGGACUCGUGAAUAUGAUGUUAUUGUCAUCGGCGAAGAACCCCACCUCGCGUAUAAUCGAGUUGGUCUCACGAGCUUCUUUAGCCACCGGAAAGUCGAGAAUUUAUAUCUUAACCCGAAAGAAUGGUAUGCGCUGCAAGCUCCGGACAACAGAUUAAAUUAUCACUUGAACACCUUAGUCACCAACAUCGAUUCUACAAAUAAGACGGUAUCUUGCGCCAACGGCGACGUGGUCUCAUACGAUAUCUUAGUUUUAGCAACCGGUUCCGAUGCCGUUCUUCCAAGGCAUACUCCCGGCCACGACGCCAAUGGCGUCUUCGUCUACCGGACCAUCGAAGACCUAGAAAAACUAAUUACCUUCGGAGAGUCUCAUAAGGGGACAGUCGGACUCGUCGUCGGCGGUGGCUUGCUCGGUCUCGAAGCGGCGAAUGCCAUGAUGGAUCUGGAAUGCUACGAAAAGGUAAAACUAAUCGAGAGGAAUCGAUGGGUUCUAAGUCGACAGCUAGAUGCUGACGCUGGUAACUUGGUCGUUGAGAAAGUAACAGCCUUAGGACUUGAUAUAUUGCUAAGUAAGAGAGUGGGAAAGAUAAAUACAGACGGGGAAAAUAAUGUAAUAGGCGUCAUAUUCGAGGAUGGCGAACAGAUGGACUGUUCUACUAUUUGCUUUGCCAUCGGUGUACGACCACGAGACAGUUUAGCAAGAAGCGCCGGCAUCAAGUGUGCUGAUCGGGGCGGUGGAAUCCUCGUCAACGACGACUUAAGCACGAGUAUUCCGAAUAUCUACGCUAUUGGGGAGUGCGCGAGCUGGAAAAACCAGACGUUCGGUCUCAUCGCCCCCGGUGUCGAGAUGGCUGACGUGCUAUCAUUCAACCUAACACAAGCCAAGCUUCACCAACCGAGAACUUUCAAGAGGCCUGACCUAAGCACCAAGCUAAAGCUCCUCGGAGUUGACGUCGCUAGUUUCGGUGACUUCUUCGCCGAUAGAGACGGUCCCAGUUCCCUACCAGCAAAAGCAGCCAGGAAAAAGACGGACGACCAGAGCACCGUCAAGACAGUGGUCAGCGGGCCUCCGCCGCCGCCGGUCAAGGCUCUUAUAUACAAGGAUCCAUUCGCUCAGGUAUAUAAGAAAUACUUAUUCACAACCGAUGGAAAGUACCUGCUCGGCGGGAUGAUGAUUGGAGAUACUAGCGAUUAUAUAAAAUUAGUGCCUAUGGUCAAGAACCAGAAAGAACUCACCAUUCCCCCAGCCGAGCUCAUUCUAGGGGCGAAGAAAGAAGGUGACGACGGCGCCGAUGAUCUUGACGACGACACGCAAGUCUGCUCGUGUCACAACGUCACAAAGGGGGAUAUAGUCCAGAGUGUCAAGGACGGGACGUGUAAGACGAUAGGGGAUGUUAAAGCUUGCACCAAGGCCGGUACGGGUUGCGGUGGUUGUAUGCCGCUCGUCACAAGUAUUUUCACCAAGACUAUGACCGACAUGGGCGCCGAGGUAACAAACUACCUGUGCGCGCACUUCAGCUACUCUCGUGCCGAUUUAUAUAACAUCAUCAUGGUUAAGAGACUGAAGACUCUUCCCGAUGUGAUGCGAGAGGCAGGAAACGACAAGAACUCGGACGGUUGCGAAGCCUGCAAGCCCGCCGUAGCAAGCAUCUUUGCGUCGUUAUGGAACAAGCACGUCAUGGACAAGACUACGCACGGUCUGCAAGACACCAACGACAGAUUCUUAGGUAACAUCCAGCGAAACGGCACAUUCUCGGUGGUCCCUCGUGUUUCUGCCGGCGAGAUCACGCCGGAAAAGCUGAUUAUUAUCGGAGAGGUCGCAAAGAAGUACAAUUUAUAUACUAAGAUCACCGGUGGACAACGUAUCGAUAUGUUUGGUGCUAAGAAGCAGGAUCUGCUUGACAUAUGGACUAGAUUGAUAGAGGGCGGUAUGGAAAGUGGGCACGCCUAUGCUAAAUCGUUACGUACUGUUAAGAGUUGCGUUGGAACGACGUGGUGUAGAUUUGGUAUGGGAGAUAGUGUGGGUAUGGCGGUGCGUAUAGAGGAGCGGUAUAAGAGUAUACGUAGCCCGCAUAAGAUAAAAGGGGGUGUUAGUGGUUGCGUGCGCGAGUGCGCCGAGGCUCAGAACAAGGACUUCGGACUCAUCGCCACAGAAAAAGGCUUCAACAUCUUCGUCGCGGGCAAUGGCGGCGCAAAGCCCAAACACUCUGAACUUCUCGCCAAAGAUGUCCCGCCGUCAGAAGUCGUUCCGAUCUUAGAUAGGUACCUGAUGUUCUACAUCCGCACAGCAGAUAAGCUCCAACGUACGGCGCGAUGGCUAGAGAACCUACCAGGCGGUCUACGUUACCUAAAAGAGGUCAUCCUAGAGGACAAGCUUGGCAUCUGCGCCUCUCUUGAAGCUCAGAUGCAAGAGCUGGUAGACUCUUUUUUCGACGAAUGGGCUGAAGCCGUGCGAAAUCCGAUAAUCGCCUCUAAGUUCAAGCAGUUCGCCAACACGGACGACACAGUCGAGACCGUGGAGACGGAGAAGGACCGCGGGCAGACACGUCCCGUGUACUGGCCCAAGGACGCGGCAGCCGAGGACUUCGCCGGCCUGAAGGACCGCUGGUCAUCUACCGCCUGGCAGCCUGUCAUUGAGGCUAGUUACUUUGCUGGUGCCGAUGCCACGCCCAACGGCAUUAGUGCGAAUAUAAAGCGCGGCGACACUCAACUUGCGCUUUGGCGGGUUAGGGGGAAGUAUUACGCAACGCAGCAAAUGUGUCCGCACAAGCGGUCCUUUGCGUUGUCGGACGGGCUCAUCGGGCAGGACAUCUCCCCGCCAUCACCUCCGCCAUCACCGCCCUCAUCCCCCUCCUCCGAUUCUACCACUACUAAGAAAGAGCCAUGUAACGACCCCAAAGCACCGUGGGUCUCAUGCCCAUUCCACAAGCGCAACUUCGACCUAGACUCCGGAGCAUGCCGCAACGACUCUUCUAUGUCGAUCGCUACGUUCGCCGUGGAGGAGCGCAUCGACGGUAUGGUGUACCUAAAGCUGCCCCCAGUUGAGGAGUUGGAUGCGGCGUUAGGAACUACAAAGUGGAUGGUGCGGAAAGAAGACGGAGGGUCGGGUCAGUUCGGCGAGCUGGAUCGCCGGAUUGGGUUCAAGGGGCGCCGGGGAAAGAGGCCAGCAGCGACGGGUGACGCAGAAUUGUCGAUGAGGAAACCCGUAGAAGUGUUGCCGAGCGGUGGAGGGUGUGGUACUGCGCCGGAAUGGUAA